AUGUCGCUGCCAGAAUUUACACACCCCUUCAAUGUGUACGAGGCCCAGGCGGUCGUGCGCGCGCUCCAGGCCGGCAGCGCGAACGGGGUGUACCUGCUGGAUGUACGUGAGGAAUUCGAGGUGCAGGCCGUACGGCCGCUUCCACACGCGCUAGUGAUCCACUUUCGCGACCUCUACGACGCUAUGCAGUUGCGGGAGUCGGCCUUUCAGAAAAAGUACGGCAUGCGUCAGCCACACAAGAAAGACCGCAUUCUCGUGUACGCCUUAAACCAAGUCCGUGCCUCCUCGGCCGCUACCUACCUAGCGGCGCGCGGCUACAAGUCCGUUGUCUUCCUGGAUGCCAAGAUGUCAGAAUACCUCGACUCGACGCAGAACAACCUGGAUGAGGAUCUUUAG